AUGGGCGGCUGCGUGGGGCGGCAGCGCCGGGAGCGGCCCGCCGCCGGGAACCCCCGCAAGCGAGCAGGCCGCAAUGAGCCCCUGAAGAAGGAGCGUCCCAAGUGGAAGAGCGACUACCCCAUGACAGACGGGCAGCUGCGCAGCAAGAGGGACGAGUUUUGGGACACGGCACCCGCCUUUGAGGGCCGCAAGGAGAUCUGGGAUGCCCUGAAGGCAGCUGCCUAUGCCGUGGAGGCCAAUGACCACAGCCUGGCCCAGGCCAUCCUUGAUGGAGCCAGCAUCACCCUGCCCCACGGGUCCCUGACGGAGUGCUACGAUGAGCUGGGCAACCGGUACCAGCUGCCUGUCUACUGCCUGGCACCUCCCAUCAACCUGAUCCUGGAGAGGAGUGAGGAGGAGGCAGCGGAGCCUGCCGAGCCCCUGCCCAAUGCCCGACGGGAGUUCGCCCUCAAGGUGCGACUCUCGACUGGCAAGGACCUGCGGCUCAGCGCCAGCAUGGGUGACACUAUCGGGCAGCUGAAGAAGCAGCUGCAGGCACAGGAGGGCAUCGACCUGGCCUGGCAGCGCUGGUUCUUCUCAGGCAAGCUGCUCACCGACCGCACACGGCUGCAGGAGACGAAGAUCCAGAAGGAUUUUGUUGUGCAAGUGAUCGUCAACCAGCCUCUGCCGCCCAGGAACUGAGCCACCCCCCACACUGGUUGUGGGGAGGGUGCAGG